AUGGAUCAGAUGAGGAAGGUCAUGGAUGAGAUGAGGGAGAACAUGAGAAGGGCGAAUCUUGUAGAGGAUUUAGUUCAUCAAAUAGACUCCCCUUUCACGGCCUCUAUCAAUGGUCACUCGUUGCCUCUGAAGUUCAAGAUGCCUUCCUUGGACUCGUAUGAUGCAAUACGUGACCCUUUCGAUCAUAUUGCUACUUUCAAGACUACGAUGCACCUUCAAGGGGUUCCAGAUGAGAUUAUGUGUAGGGCCUUCUCUACUAUCCUCAAAGGGUCAGCAUGGGUAUGGUUCAGCAAGAUACCUUCGAAUACUAUGAGUUCUUUCGAAGAAUUGAGUAAACUGUUUGCCAACAAUUUUAUUGGAGGACAAAGGCAUAAACGUUCCUCGUCUAGCUUGUUAACCAUAGAGCAAGGGGAAAAUGAAAGCUUGUGGUCCUUCAUUACACGCUUCAACAAGGAAGCCCUAACAGUGGACGAGAUGGACGACAAAUUGUUAUUGGCGGCCUUCCACAAUGGAGUAAAUUCCGAUUUAUUUAUCCAUAAGCUUUAUGAACAAGAACCUCAAACCAUGGCUGAACUCGUCUACUCGGCCCAAAACUUCAUGAAUGCAAAUGAUGCAAUUAUAGCUAAGAAGAGGAAGAGAGUUGAACGAAUGGAAGCAGAUCUCUCGCGCCAUCCUGAGCAGGGUCCUCGUCCAAAGAAGACACAGACAGGAGAGAAGAACAAUCAAGAUAAUAAGAAGGCAAGCUCUUCGGCAUGGAGUCAGUAA